AUGGUCCAAUCCAACACUACCCCGGAAGUCUACAUCGUCUCCGCCGUCCGCACUCCCAUCGGCGGCUUCAACGGCUCCCUCGCCCCGCUCACCGCCGUCCAACUCGGCUCGAUCGCAAUCAAAGCCGCCGUCGAGAAAUCCCGCGUGCCGGCCGACAAGAUCGACGAAGUGUUCUACGGCAAUGUCCUGUCCGCCAACCUUGGCCAGAACCCCGCCCGACAAGCGGCGUUGGGUGCCGGGGUGCCGAACACGGUUCCCUGCACAACGGUGAACAAAGUGUGCGCAUCCGGUGCCAAGGCGAUCAUUUUCGCCGCGCAGGCUAUCUUGACCGGCACAGCUGAGGUGGUGGUUGCUGGUGGGAUGGAGAGCAUGUCCAACACGCCGUACUACCUACCUCAACAACGGUGGGGGUCCAAGUACGGACACCAGGGCAUUAUCGAUGGGGUUUUGAAGGAUGGGCUCACGGACGCUUAUAACGAGCAACCGAUGGGGAUCGCGGGUGAGCUGUGUGCGAAGGACCACAGCAUCUCCCGUCAGGAGCAGGACGACUACGCGAUCAACUCGUACCAAAAAGCACAAGCCGCCACCGCCGCCGGCUACUUCAACGAGGAGAUCGUGCCCGUCACCCUCCCCGGUGCUCGCGGCAAGCCAGGCAAAACAAUCACAACCGACGAUGAAGUCCCCAACCUCAACGUCGAAAAACUCCGCGCCGUCAAACCCGCCUUCCAGCCUCAAGACGGAACCGUCACCGCACCCAACGCAUCCACCCUCUCCGACGGCGCCGCGGCUCUUGUCAUCGUCUCCGCCGCCAUCCUCGCGCAAUACAACCUCAAACCGCUUGCCCGGAUCCGCGGCUGGGCCGACGCCGCCCGCGAACCCGAACGCUUCACCACCGCUCCCGCCCUCGCGAUCCCCAAAGCGCUCAAACAUGCCUCUCUGUCUAUCGACGCCAUCGACGCCUUUGAGAUCAACGAGGCCUUUUCAGUGGUUGCGAUUGCCAAUCAGCGGAUUCUGAAUAUCGACCCAGCGAAGAUUAAUAAGUUUGGUGGUGCGGUGGCGAUUGGACACCCGCUUGGAUGCUCAGGGGCGAGGAUUGUCGCGACGUUGAUCAAUGUGUUGAGGCAGAAGGGGGGCAAGUUGGGGGUUGCGGGGGUUUGCAAUGGUGGAGGUGGGGCUAGCGCCGUUGUUAUUGAGUUGUGCUGA